AUGUUGCCGCAGCCGCUUCUGGAUCCAGCAAUUAUCGAUUCGUCGAUCAUCUCCAUCUCUGGCGGCAUGAAUGCCGUUGCUGGCUCAACGCCAUCUACAUCCACCGAACCUUCUUCCCAUACGGGAUUGGAGCCUGGAAAUGCCUUAUCUCGCUUACUAGAGCUGGCCAUGGCUAACGCUGCAAAAGAGCUGACUCCUGAAAUGGAGCUGAAGGACAGCGAUGCUGCUACCCUGUCCUCUCCUACCUCUUCGGCAAACAGGCUGUCAUUUCUGUCUUACAUUCCACCUGCAAAGGCCCAUAUGUCACGAGUUUACACGAUUGACCACCUACUUUCGCUCAGGGGAAAUCCGGAAGUUGCUAACUUCGAUAUUUCUCGCCUCCCAGACCAGAACUUCUGGGCUUUCAAAGCCCAGCCAAAACCUGCGAAACAUCAACAGAACAGAGAGCCACGCAACAACAACCAGAACCGCAAAAACAGACUGGGCAACCAAAACAAGCAGAAUCAAAAUAAUCAAGCCAACCAGCUCUCAUGGGAGCGUAAACCGGCUGGAUUCUUGAAGUCCUCCGAUAUCGACUCGAUGUCUACUGAGAAAAUCUCACAACUUUUAGGCGAAACCGCCGACGAGGGAAUUCCCGAGUGGGACUCUCUGGAUAUUUCUCAGGAUCUCAAGAUCGACAUGGGUCUGACUGUCGAGGACUUUGAGCGUUGGAAACAACUCAUGAGGGAAGAAGAAAGACGCAAGAACGACGAAGAAUACGAUGAUGCACUGAGCCAGCACAAGGCAAACGAAGUUGAUAGCUUUUUUUCAUUUGUGAAGCCUAAACAGCUGUUGCCAGAGCCUUCCUCUUCGCCUGCUAAUGCUAAAGGAAUACCCGAGGCAAAAAGCUCCAGAUUCUCGUCCUUUUUCGGUGGAAAUGUAGCUUCCCCCGUUGAAGAAUCAAGGCCAACCUUAAACUCUGGUCAGAAUAGCUCCACAAGUGUCUCUACUACGGGCGAGCAUAACCUGAGAUUCUUCAACACGCAAGACCAACAACUGAGAGCUUCUCCAAGAGGGCCAACCCCAGGUCAGGGCCCACAAACCCCAAUCCAAGGACAAGGUCAAAAUCAAUUGCAGGGUCAAACUUCUAUGCAUGGCCAGAACCAGGGCCCAUUACCAGUCCAAUCUAGCCAGAUACAACAGAGCCAAAUACAUCCCCACGGAACUCAGCACUCGCGGCCACAAGGACCCCAGCUUUCGGGAUCACAUGGGCCACAGGGGGCACCACACCUUCAAGACCCUAAGUCCAGGGGCCAAAUGCUGCCAAUGGGACAUCAACCACCUCCUAUGGGAAAUCCUGGACCAGGACCAAUGCAGGGCCCAGUGCCAAUGAUGCCAGGAAUGGGAAUGAUGCAAGGUUCUAACGACUCUUUCUUCAUGUCUUUAAUGAACAAGAGAGAAAUUCCAGCAGACGGUGCCAAGAAGCCAGAGUCUCCACAGGCCAAGUCACAACAAGGCCAAAUUCCUCCUCAAGAGAUGAAGUUUGCAGGUCAUCAGGGCAUGCCUAAUCAAUUUUAUCCAUAUGGUCCACCUCCAGGAAUAUUUCAAGGAGGUAUGCCACCAGGAAUGCAUCCAGGAAUGCAACAAAGAGGACAACCAGGACAACCAGGACAGCCGGGACAACCAGGACAACCAGGACAUCCAGGAAAUGCUCAACAGGGCCAACCUAUUGGCCAACGUGGCCAACAAGGUCAAUUUGGGCAGCCAGGUCAAGGUCAGGGCCAACCUGGCCAACCAGGUCAAUAUCAGCUCAGUGGCCAAGGUCAACAACCGAACCAAAAGGGUAAUGUUCCUCCAGGUUUAGGUCAGUUGCAGAAAGGUCCUCCGGGUAUGGGUGCCCAGUUUCCUCCUCAUCCCUACUUCAUGUACCAAAUGGGAACACCACAAGGGAUGCAAGGAAUGCAACAAGGUAUGGGUCCUCCACAAGGGGUGCCCCCACACAUGCGGACACAGCAACCUCCGCAGCAACGCAAACAAGGUUGA